CAAAUCAAGAAUAGACACAUCCGCAACGUUGACCUGCACAUCCCGCCAAACGAGAUCGUGUGGCGUAGAUUGCCGCUCACUGUCAAUCCAACAACGAGCCACACAGUCCUUGUUUCUCGGUCGUACGGCAAUCGAAUCUAGGAUACAUUCACACGUAGACGUAGACGUGCACGUACACGUAAAUCUUCACGUCUUCUUCGAUACUCUUACAGGGUGUCGGAAAGAUCCGGUUCUUCCAUCUACGAAUAUAUUCUUGGGAACACUCCUUUAGUGUCAGUCUUUUUACAGAAAGCCACCUCUUGUCCUUGUUUCAUCAGUCAUUCGCCCAGUAAUAUCAACAUGACAGAAGCUACCAUGUCGAAUCUUUUAGAGGCGGCUCGAGAAACGACUGCACUGGAGUGCAUUAGUCGAGAAAAUACCAAAGAAACACAACUCAACUCUUCCACAUCUUCGUCAUCGUCGUCCCUGUCAUCCGCGUCCGAAUCGUUGACUAGGACAACAAUCCCAGCGAUGUUGAAUCAAACCAAAAUAAGACAAGGAUCGACGGAAGGCGAGGUUGACACGGACCCAACGGGAACGGCCAGCCAUGCUGCUGUACACGAUGAAACUGCCAGUCGCCUCCUUGCCUUGCAAGCAGACGCAAUGGCGAGCGAACGGGAGCGCAUGCUUCUUGAACAAGAAGGCCUGGUUUUGGGGAUUCUCGCCAAGCAGCUGGAAUACUACUUUUCCCAAACGAAUCUGGCCAAGGAUACCUACCUGCAAACCCUCCGGUCCCUCAACGACGGAUGCGUGCCCGUCACAAUUCUCGCCAAUUUUACCAAGGUUCAAGCCUUGCUACCGGGACGAACGGAACUCGGACGAAUUCACGCCAUUCGUCAAGCAGUAGAAUGUUUCAGCCCCAACGCCUUGCGUCUGUUUGUCAUCGACUCGGUCAACAGCAAAAUUGUUACGGACCAGGAGGAUUCGGUCGAUGAAUUGACGACAAGUGCUACGACAUUUAUAGUCGCAGUGGGUACCUGGGAUCAACAGCCUUUGCCAGCUGUUUCCGUAGUAUCUACUGCGAAUGUUGCCUCAGUGAGCGCAUCCCACGCUACGAUCAUUGUGCGUGAUGUUCCGGAGCAUGUAUCCGAAGAAGAUGUCCGAUUAAUCUUUGCACUUCCGGAUGGCCCGUCCAUUGUUUCGGUACGCCAGGACGUUGCUCAUUGCUGGUUCGUGACCCUGGAUAUCGAAUCCCCGGGUGCCGACGGCGACGAUGUUACGAUGAAGGUCAUGAUGCACUUACAGGCCCAACUUUUGGGUGGAGAACCCGUCAAGGCUCGACGAAAGGCGAGUGUAGCCUCCAACCUUUCCAUCGACCCUAUUCCGUUUUGGUUACCCCCAAUUCCGCUUAAACGAAAGAAGAAAAAGAAGCGAUCCAAAAAGAAGAAAAAGAAUUCCAGUACCUCCGGCAGUGCAAAUUCCAACAGCGACGGUACACACAACAAUAUCAACGCAGCUGCGGCGACCAGAAAUCAAAACCAGAAUAUGCCGGGAAAAGGCACAGAAACUGCCUCAUCAUUUCACAGCGCAUUCGCAAUCAAGAGUAGCAUUCCGUUGGUCAGCCCGCCAACCUUGGGGGAAGACAACUUUCCAACGCUUCAAGACAAAAAGGUUGAAUGGGAGACUCCACCGACGGCAGGACUCGAAGACGAUGAAAAGUACGACAAGCACGAAGACGAUGAUGCUGACGACGAGGAAGACAAAGAGGACCCUAAAUCGGUCAAGGCCUUGUCGGAUGUUGCGUCAACAGCGACGACGACUUCGUCUAGUACGGAGUCGACCCCCCACGGCAAGAAACUCUGGGGGACUGUGGGAGGCUACGCCGCGGCCCUCAUGAAGCAGGCCGUUGUACCACCACCAGUUAGUGAGACAAAAGUUGCUAUUCUUCCUGUCAGUACGGAAUCGAAAGCGGGGCAUUUUUCUGCUCUGUCCCACAAGGCUACGGCUCCAGCUCCCGUUGUGACUGUUUCUACUCCAAAGUGGGGCGGAAUUCGGUCAUUUGCCGAUGUCUUACGCCAGGAGGAAGCGCAGCAAUCAUAAGGACAAUGCUUGGGUUGCGUUGUGGCGCACUAUUGGGCGAACAAGCCUGCUCUCGACGAGACGCAUUCACUGUGUCGUCUUUAACGAGUGUCUACCCCCACACGCCCUUGUGCAUUGGACAAAUCACUUUGCUUCUCGUAGGGAGCGGCCACUUUUGCCGCAGUACGUACGCAACAACCACAAAACUCACAGCUUCACAUCUUGAUUACCACCUGUUUACACUUAGCAAAACGAAGAGCUACUAUGAUGUUGACAAGCCCUUACACUCUAUCAUGCAGCAACCUAAUGCGACUAAUAUUACUAAAAUGGAAACGAUACGCUAUU